AUGAUACGACGCUUUAGAGGGCAGACCGGUGGUGACAUGUCGAGCACAGACGAAGAGGCCUUUGGGGAGGACAACACGUAUGAGCUGGGUCUAGUUGUCUUGGCACGCGGAUCACCGGAGCUCGAUUCGCUCAGCAGCAACGAGUGGGCCGAGGCCGGCUGCAGUAGGAUGGGGCCAUGGGAUAGAUGUCCCGGUGCCUGUCGCUAUAUAAAGAUGGUCAGGUCCCGCGCCUUCGAGAUAGCAGAGGAGCGUGCCAGUCAUGGAACAUACGCCUACUGCCGACACAAUGACGGCUACAUCGGGUUUCGAGGGGCGGUGGUCCUCCCCAGAACGACCGAGGAGGUCAGCAGGGCGGUGAAGCUGCUCUCAUCGCUCUCGAUCCCCUUCAACGUCAGCGGCGGCAGGCACGCGACCUCGGGCACGGCGUCCAUGGGGCCCGAGGGCGCCGUCAUCGACCUGCGGCGCAUGCGCGGCGUCUCGGUGGACGCGGCGGCGCAUACCGUCACCUUCGAGGGCGGCUGCCUCUGGUCCGACGUCGACGACGCGGCGUGGGAGCACGGGCUGGCGACGCCCGGGGGCACCGUCGCGGACACGGGCGUGGGCGGGCUGGUGCUCGGCGGCGGCUUCGGCUGGCUGUCGGGCCGGCACGGGCUGACCAUCGACUGUCUCGUGUCGGUCGAGAUGGUGCUCGCCGACGGCAGCGUCGUGGUGGCGUCCGACGACGAAGGGGGCGACAAGGAUCUGUUCUGGGCCGUGCGCGGCGCGGGAGCCAGCUUCGGCGUCGCCACGCGCUUCACCAGCCGCGUGUUCCCGCAGGGCAACGUCUGGAGCGGCGCCCUCGUGUUCCCGUUCGAGCGCGCCGCCGAGGUGGUCGGGGCCGUCAACGAGCACCUCGAGGUCGAGGAAGGCGACCAGGCCGUGAUGCUGGCGCCGGGCUACGGGCCGCCGGGGCCCGACGGGGCGCGCGCCAAGGCCGUCGCCAUGUACGUGUUCCACAACGGCACGGCGGCCGAGGGCGCACGAUACUUCGCGGCGCUACUGGCGCUGGGGCCCGUCCUCAACGCGACGGCCGAGAUGCCGUACCGGCUCGUUAACCGGCAGCUCGAUCACCUCGUGACGCCCGGGGCGCGGUGGCAGCACGGCGUGGCGCACAUGACGGGGCCCGUCGACGCGGCCGCCUUCGUGGCGGCGGCCAGCAAGUUCUACGCCUACGUGGACUGCGAGUUGGCCAGCUCGGGCGGGGCGCAGGACCUGCGCAACACGGUCCUCGGGUUCGAGAUCUUCCCGUGGGCCAAGGCGUGCUCGGUCCCGGCAACGGCCACGGCGCACUCCAACAGGGGGCGGUACUACAACGUGGGGCUGGUCAUGAACUGGACCGAUGCGUCUAGGGACGCCGAGGUGCGCCGCUUCAAGAAGGAGCUGGCCGAUCUCAUCUCGGAGACCAUGUACCACCCGAAGGCCAGCCGAGAGAGCGGGAGUAACAUCGCAAAGUCGUCGCAGUACUUGUACGGAAACUACCUGGACCAACCAAUCAGCGCUGAGGGGGCGUUUGGGGACAACGCGGUGCGCUUGCGGGAGCUCAAGGCGAGGUAUGAUCCGGAAAACCGCUUUGACAAGUUGUGGCGGCUGGCCGACCGGAAGUAA